UCAUUUGUCUUGCUUAUGGGCACAGCACCGGCCGAGGUAACCCAACUGAAGUUGGGAAAGCUGAAAGUGGCACGCCAGAGGUUGCUACAGCGUUAUGAGCACCAGCUCUUUGUCUCCUGUCUAGCUGGACUCUACGGCUGCCAGUGGAGACGUUCCCAGCGCACACAUGCUCAGCCUGGACACUGCUGCUGCUCUAAGCGGGAGUGUUGCAGUUUUGCUCUGAUCGUUCUGACCUUUUGUCUCAGUCUGGUGUUCCUGUACUUUUGGAGUGAAGCACGGAAUGACUACAAUGACUUUGACUGGUUUAAUUUUGGAAAUCUGGGCUUCUGGUUUCCAUGGUCUAUUGUGUUGUUGAUUCUUGCUGUUUUUCUGUUCACUUAUGUUGCUGUUCUGCUGCUGCUGGCAGUUUGUCUUCUCUCAGAAGGCCAGAGGUUAUAUUUACAUUGGUGUCACAAGAUUGGGAUCUCAGUGACUUUGAUUCUCUCCAUUGUGGCCUCAUCUGUUCUCACAGAUUUAUGGAGCAAGGAGUGGAAGACUGUGCUUUUAUCUUUUCAGGUAUCUGCCCCAUAUCUACAUAUAGGUGGUGUAGUUUUAUUGACUCUAUUAUCUUGGCCGGUAGGCUUUCAUCUCUUCCGGCUCAAUAUGAGAGUGAGACGGAUGGCCAUGAUGGUGCUGUAUAUAACUGUUCUAGUGACUCUUUACCUGGUUCCUCUGGGCAUGCACUCGCCCUGCAUUAAAGAGAGGAGCAGUCUGGGAUCAGCUCCUGCUUUAAUUGGACACAGGGGAGCACCGAUGCUUGCCCCUGAAAACACCUACAUGUCUUUUGAGAAGGCAUUGGCAGCUGGAGCUGAUGGCCUGGAGACCGAUGUCACUAUCAGUUAUGAUGGAGUUCCUUUCCUCAUGCACGAUAAGAACCUACGCAGGACAACUAAUGUAAAAGACGUGUUUCCUAACUGGACACACACCUCACCUGCCAUGUUUACGUGGAAAGAACUGCAGAGUCUCAACGCUGGAUACUGGUUCUUCUCUCAAGACCCCUUUGGAACAGCUUCAUCUCUGAGCGCAGAUGAGCGCUUACAGGCUCAGAAUCAGUCUGUGUGCACACUGAGGGCCUUUCUGGAUUUGGCUGCUCAAUAUGGGAAACUUGUAAUCUUUGAUCUGUACCGGCCGCCCAGGGGUCACCCUUACAGAGAUGCCUGGAUAUCCCGCACCCUGGACGUCAUCCAGAACGAGUCAUCCAUUCACUCCAGUCAGGUACUGUGGCUGCCUCCAGAGCUCAGGGAGUUUGUACAAGAAAUGGACCCUGAUUUACAACAGACAACAGGCGAACAAGCACCAGUGGAGGAACUUCAGCUCAGACACAUAGCCAGACUCAACAUCCAUUACAGUUCCAUGUCAGAGAAAGAAAUCAGAAAAUACGCUGCUGCCAACAUCAGCACCAACCUGUACGUGAUCAGCGAGCCGUGGCUGUAUUCUCUAGCCUGGUGUGCAGGGGCUCAUUCUGUCGCCACGAAUGCUGUUCACAUCCUCAAGAACCUGCAAAGACCGCUCUUUCUCAUGACACCAGAAGAGUACAUGCUUACGUGGACUCUUACUGACAUCACUUCCCUUCUUCUCGUUGUGAUUAUUUUUGUGUUUCACUGGUGGAGGGAGCGUGGGUUGGCUCGCAGUGUGGACAGCAGUUCAUUACUUGAACAUGGGUUCUACAGACAGUUCAGGACAGAGGUGAAUGAUGUGUGGUCUUUAUCCAACAUGAGCAGCCCUGAGAAGCAGGUACCAUCUCUCUGAAGAGCCUGAUUAAAACUGUUGGUUCAUAUUUAACCCCUUAUAUUAAAAAACAACUAACUGAUGUUCAGUUAAGCCAGUUUAAACCACAGUUUAAGUGGUACAUUGAAAUCACCCUUACAAUUUUAUAAAUUCUAAUUGUCACAAAAUGUCUUAUGACAGACAUGUGAGCUGAUAUGAUGGGAUACAUACAGUUAACAAAUGCUAGUGACUG